GUUCACUUAAGCGAUAGAGCACCUGCUUCCAUGAGCCAUUUUGGUAGCCAUCAUUUGCACUCUCCACUAUUCCUUUACAAACCUCUACCUGUUACAUUUGCAGGUCUUGAUGGACUGUCCGAACGUUGCGCUCAGUACAAAAAGGAUGGUGCUGACUUUGCCAAGUGGCGCUGUGUGCUGAAGAUCGCAGACCACGCACCCUCAAGCCUUGCAAUCUACGAAAAUGCCAACGUAUUGGCGCGGUAUGCCAGCAUUUGCCAGCAGAACGGUCUUGUGCCAAUCGUGGAACCCGAAAUCCUGUCUGAUGGAUCACAUGACCUCCAAAGAUGCCAGUAUGAAACAGAAAAGGUCCUGUCUGCAGUGUACCAUGCCCUCAUCCAGCAUCAUGUAUAUCUUAAAGGCACCCUCUUAAAGCCAAACAUGGUGACAGGAGGACAGUCAAGCCCUCAAAAAUUUACACCUGAGCAGGUCGCCAUGUCAACUGUUACUGCCCUGAGACGAACAGUCCCUUCCGCAGUUCCCGGUAUCUGUUUCCUGUCUGGAGGUCAGAGUGAAGAAGAGGCAUCGCUUAACCUGAAUGCCAUGAACAGCUGCAGUCUCCCUCGCCCCUGGCGUCUGUCCUUCUCUUAUGGCCGUGCCCUGCAGGCCUCAGCACUAUCUGCCUGGGUCGGGAAAGCAGAAAAUGAGAAAGCAGCACAGGAGGCUUUUGCUAAGAGGGCAAAGAUCAACGGUUUGGCAUCUCUCGGGAAGUAUGUACCUUCUGGGUCUUCAGACGCCGCCUCCUCCAAAUCCCUCUUCCAGCCCAGUUACACCUACUAAAUGUUGCCCUCGAUUGCCCUCUUGUGUUACAUCUUUACAUUCCUCCUGGAGUUAUAUGACUGGCAUUACUGCCGCAUCUCCCACACACUGAGCCAAUCAUAUUAGUUGCUACCAUGGCAACAAUGGACAGGGCAAUACAUGCCAUGUGCAGCAACCCAUACCAACCAAUCAGAUGACAUCUUUUACUGGUGUGAGAGCAACAGUCAGAAAACAGUUUGCUAAGGGUUGCUGCACUUUGCA